CUCGUGAAGUCAACGCGUCAACCAACGCGACCCGCUCGUCUUCCAUCCGCGCUUCCUGACUUCAAACUCGUCGACUAGCCAGUCGAUCUGGUGUGAAAGGCUAUUGACAAAGAAAAGGAUUUGCAAGAUGCCGAGAUCAGAGGAGGACACGAUCCGCAUCCUCGUCUCAACCGAUAACCAUGUCGGCUUUGGGGAGCGCGACCCCGUCCGUAAGGAUGACAGUUGGCGCACAUUUGACGAGAUCAUGCAAAUAGCCAAGAAGCAGGAUGUCGACAUGGUCCUACUGGGUGGUGAUCUCUUCCAUGAGAACAGACCCUCGCGCAAAUCCAUGUACCAGGUCAUGCGCUCUCUUCGCAAACACUGUCUUGGCAUGAAGCCAUGCGAACUCGAGUUUCUCAGUGAUGGUGCCGAAGUUUUUGAAGGAGCCUUUCCCUAUGUCAACUACGAGGAUCCCGACAUCAAUAUCGCUAUUCCCGUCUUCUCUAUCCACGGCAACCACGACGACCCAAGCGGCGAUGGCCACUACUGCUCCCUUGACCUACUCCAAGCCGCCGGUCUUGUCAACUAUUUUGGUCGUGUACCUGAGGCAGACAACAUCCAUGCCAAGCCGAUCUUGUUGCAGAAGGGGAGGACGAAGAUGGCUUUGUACGGAUUGAGCAACGUUCGUGAUGAGCGUAUGCACCGGACUUUCAGAGACAACAAAGUUAGGUUCUACCGGCCGAACCAGCAGAAGAACGAUUGGUUCAAUCUUUUGGCUCUUCACCAGAACCACUACCCACAUACCCCUACCAGCUAUGUUGCAGAGAAUAUGCUUCCUGAUUUCAUGGACUUGGUAAUCUGGGGCCAUGAACACGAGUGUCUUAUUGAUCCCAUACGAAACCCAGAGACAGGAUUCCACGUCAUGCAACCGGGCUCAUCAGUCGCCACUUCACUAGUUCCUGGCGAGGCAGUGACAAAACAUGUCGCCAUUCUCAAUAUUACCGGCAAGAAGUUCGAGGUCGAAAAGAUCCCACUCAAGACAGUACGGCCCUUCGUCACAAGAGAGGUUGUACUAGCCUCAGACAAGCGCUUCAAGGGCCUGGGAGAGAAGAAGUCGGAUAACCGCCAUGAAGUUACCAAGCGACUGAUGGUGAUUGUCGAAGAGAUGAUUGAAGAAGCCAAUGCGGAGUGGCGCGCUAUUCACGCAGAGGACGACGACAUGGACGAGGAUAUGGAGCCACCAUUGCCGCUUAUCCGCCUAAAGGUCGAGUAUUCAGCACCGGAAGGGGCCAAGUACGAAAUCGAGAACCCGCAGCGAUUCUCCAACAGAUUUACGGGAAAGGUCGCCAACCAGAAUGAUGUUGUCCACUUUUACCGUAAAACCAAAGGAACAAAGAAAAGUGUAACAGCGCCAGGCGUCCCCGAGGGCGUCGCGGAGGCUCUUGAGUCAGUCGAGACCAUCAAGGUCGACAACUUGGUCCGAGAGUUCUUUACCCAACAGUCCCUCAAGAUCUUACCACAAGCACCAUUCGGCGAUGCGGUUAACCAGUUCGUCGACAAGGACGAUAAGCAUGCAGUGGAAAUGUUUGUCAUGGAGUCACUAUCCACCCAAGUGAAGGGUCUCCUUCAACUCGAUGAUGAGAAGAUUGUCGACCUCGACGCGCAUAUCGAGGAUUUCAGAAAGGUUAUGGAGAAAAGCUUCGAUUCUGGUCAGCACAAGCAAGCCCAGCGCAAAAGACGGUUCAAGGAGAAGCCUGAUGGCUGGGAUUCGGAUUUGGACGGCCACUGGAUCAACCAACCACAAGCACUCGAAGACAUUCCAGCCGAGCCAGAACCGAAAGGACGCGGUAGACCAGCCAAGAAAGUACCCACGUCCGGCGUCACAUUCAGCGACGAGGAUGAGGACAUGGACAUUGACAACCAACCCCUUCCGACUAGAGCGGCGCCAAAACGGGGAGCAGCGGCCAAAACCACAGCAGCAACCAAGAAAGCGGCACCUGCCAAGAAGGCCGCACCGGCAAAGAAGGCAGCACCAGCGAAGAAGGCACCUGCAAGGGGUCGCAACAAGAAGAAGACUCCAUUCGUAGAUAGCGACGAAGAAGAGGAAGAGGACUACCGAGAGAAUGAAGACGAAGAGGAAGAGGAGGAGGAAGAUGUGAUCAUGGAGGAUGACGAAGAGGACCCGCCAGCGCCACCACCAAAGUCCAAGGCCACAUCUAGGGUCGCAUCUACCCGUGCCUCUGCUCGUGCUACUCCUGCUCGUGCUACUCCUGCUCGAGCCACACCAGCCCGGGCUGCACCUGCUAGGGCUACCCAAACCCGGGCUACUCGCGCGGCGGCUGGAAUGAAGCAGACAACGAUCGACUUUUCACAGUCUCAGAGGGCAAAGGGUUCACAUCAGCAGGCGAUUGAGAUUAGUGAUGAUGAGAUUUCGGACGAUGAUGAUGCGUUUGAGUCGAUGCCCGCCAGUCGCAGUCGACGAGGGUGAUUAGGUUAAUAUGGGUUGGGAGAGCCGAUAUGGGCAUACUUGCAUGUGGUAUCUUCAAGCGGGUUAAUAUAUGUUCUGUAUUUGACGUUGGGAUGGGCAAGUUUUAGCUCAAGGUCAUAAAGGAAUCGCAUCUCGAGGUUAAAUGGAAAUUUACGAACCAUAUAACCAUGGAAAGAUGCCGCAAAGUUCACAUACCGUCAGAAUAGUCUGUAUUAUGUUUGAAAUAUCCUAAAUAGAAUCAGCAAGUAAAGUCACAAAUUUUGAAGCCUUCAGAUAAUCUUGAGGUUGAGUCAAGCACAUGUGCAG